AUGGCUUCUCCUCAAGUUCACCAUCUUUUCCAUGCUCCCAUUGCCGACCAUUCUUUCUCGUCUGACCGGCAAACUCUUGCUGUCGCCCGCGAAAACAAUGUGGAGCUGUAUCAGACAUCAGGCAACAAGUUCGAAAUGAGUGAUGAACUGAAAGGCCAUGAGAAGACUGUUACUAGUGUUGACAUUGCUCCCAACAGCGGUCGUAUUGUGACCUGUUCUCAAGAUCGCAAUGCGUAUGUUUGGGAGAAGACCCCCACUGGCUGGAAGCCUACACUAGUCCUUCUUCGAAUCAACAGAGCUGCGACAUUUGUCAGAUGGUCUCCCUCUGAGCAGAAAUUUGCUGUCGGUUCCGGAGCCCGCGUCAUCGCUGUUUGCUAUUUCGAGGAGGAGAACGAUUGGUGGAUCUCAAAGCACCUGAAGAAGCCCAUUCGCAGCACCAUCACCACUCUGGCCUGGCAUCCGAACUCGGUUCUGCUCGCUGCAGGCUCCACCGACUCUCAUGCCCGAGUCUUCUCCAGCUUUAUCAAGGGUAUCGACAACCGCCCUGAGCCCAGUGCCUGGGGUGAGCGCCUGCCCUUCAACACGAUCUGUGGUGAAUACUUGAAUGACUCCGCUGGCUGGAUCCAGGGUGUCGCAUUUUCCCCGAGUGGAAAUGCUCUCGCUUUUACUGGACAUGACAGCAGUGUCACGGUCGUGUACCCCAGCGCCCCCGAACAACCACCCCGGGCGAUGCUAAACAUCUCUACCCGCCUUCUGCCAUUGAACAGUCUCAUCUGGAAUGGCGAGAAUGAAAUCCUCGCCGCUGGUCACGAUUGCGAGCCUUUCCGCUUCAAGGGCGAUGAAAACGGAUGGCAACUUGCUGGAUCUCUGGAAAAGCAGACUGGAGCUGGUGCGGGUCCUCGUGAGGAGUCUGCGCUUAAUAUGUUCCGUCAAAUGGAUCUCAAAGGCCAGUCCCAGGUGGACACCAAGCUCAAGUCAACUCACCAGAACACCGUGAACACACUCCGUGCCUAUGAUGUGGCUGACGGACAGGUGCGCUCGUUCAGCAGUAAGAAUUUCCCUCCUAUUAAUUGGUCAGAUCUUAUACUAACCCUGCACCUAGCGAGCGGAGUGGAUGGCCGUGUUGUGAUCUGGUCCACCUAG